AUGGAGUUCACGAACGAGCUCUGCCGGCGAACUGAAGCAUGCCUAUCCAUGUUCCAAGCUGUAUCAGGCCACCAGACACUGGCGGACGAUGACUGGUUUGAAGAUCGCGCUGCGGACUUUACGUGGUGGGCCAAUGGCUUGAACGCCCAAAAGACGGGUCGGAGUUCUCUUGAUUACCGACUCAGAGACCGCCCGGACAUUCAGAAAGUCAUCUCAGGUCUUCUGGAUAGCUUAAAUCUGGCGUUGAAAGAAUAUCUGCGAAAUGGUCCAAACGAGGAUCAAGAUUCGACGCGAGGCAGCCAGUACGACGACACCUCCGAGCCCGACGUGAGUUCAAGCGAUUCAUCGUGGUCCGAAAUCUCGGGCGACGAUAAGCAGUCAAGGAGAAACGAUGCCUUAGUAGUUCCCUCAACUGCAGACUGCAAUCCUAGGUUCUAUAUCGAAACCAAUCUGAAGCUGCUGGCGAAGAUAUCCAUGGCCAUCAAGAAAUCAGGAGUCAAGUUGCGUCACCUGAAAGCUGAUGAGUACCUGGAAACUCAUUCAAAAGACGACGAGUAUACGCAGCUAAGAAAUCAUCUGUUAUUCCUCAUCCUGGUUGGACCUUAUGAGCAAAAGCUAUUCGGCGAACUCAGCCGUUGGGUCAUUGCGGAAUAUAUACCGAAAACAGUUGAAAUUGUAAUCCGCUCAUGGAUUGUUGAUCCAUCUCGCGCAACACCGAUGCAGCAACGACUCAUUGAGGCGAACAUCACGAGGCGAAACAGGAUUGUGUAUGCAACAGCUGCGGCGAACAUCGUCGCUUCUUCACAUUUUCGAGAAGCGAUACCUCAACCGGCGAAUGAGCCGGCGAAGGGGACCAAGACCUUGGACGUUGAUACACAAAAGCUAUCGCCAAUUGUGGACAGCAGCAGAACCAUGCCUAUUCUCCUCAAGCCUGCAAAUUCCCCGACUGUCAAAACUUCCACAGCAACAGAGCUGGGCUCUCAAUUUGCUCUGCCCAUCACCUUGCCUUUCGAGCCUAAGACAGGGCAGCAGUCAGUCGCAACCAGAAUGACGCAAACCGGCAUCAAGCAAAGCUAUCCGGUAUGCCCUGCUAAGAAGGGCAGCUUUCAGUGUCCUUAUUGUGUCCAAGUUCUGUCCGAGGACUACACAGCGAUGUCCAGAUGGCGGUAUGCUAGGUGGCUGUCGCGUGGUGGUUGA